GCUCCUGCUUUGUUCCCUCCGUGUCUAUCACUGUCCCUUUUCUGUACACAGAUGGUGUACUGUCUGUUCUCCCUUGUUUGAGGAGGAGGGGUUUGUUUCCACAGUAACCUGAUCCUCCUGCUCUGGGAUUGGGGAGGAAGCCCUCAGAUUUGUCACCCCUCCCCUUAGCCAUGGGGGAAAGUUUAGGGAAAAGACCGGGGAGUUUCCUCUACUGGGAGGGGCCGAGAUGAGGUCGGUAGUGGAGGUGGAGGAAGUGUUUGUCUAUGUGGUGGAGAUGUCAGAUGCCGGAGUUUCUCUGGGGAUGGGGUAGCCAGGAGCUCUGUGUGGGGCCCCAGGGCCUGUACUUCUGGGUCCUGGGCUAAGUUAGAGUGAUGUGACCUGUUAGGCUGGUUUUUCUGGACUGGUUUUAGGAGGGACUGGGGCCACGUGACCCUUGAGUCUUCUCCACCCCCACUUUAGCUUCCAGCUAAUCCCACUUCCCCUUCUUCUUCCUGUCAGGAUCGGAGCUGCUGCCUUGAGGAAGGGGGUUCUUGGGGGUUGAGAGGAGAGAGAAACAGAGGAUGUAGGGGGAAACUCACAGGGGAAUACGGUUGUGGAGAGUGGGGGAGACAGGCCAUUCCCCAGACUUAGACAUUGCCCUAGUUGGGAGGCAGGGAACUGAAAUGAAACUAUGUAACUCAAGUUUCUGUCUCUGCCUGCGUCUUGCCGCUGUGGGAGGGAGGGACCCCCAGGAUCUGGGCUUGUGUCCCCAAUCUUCCCCUUCACUGCAGUGCCCCUCCCACCCCCCACCCCUCAACAGGCACUGAGAUGGCUUGGAGGAGGGGGGACUGCCUCCUUCCCAAGACAAGGGAUCCGGGGUUCACAACCUCUCCCACUGCCCUAACUCGAUGGUACUGCUCCCCUCCUCAGGCUCCUGUGUCUGUCUGGGAUGAAGAUGAGGAUGGUGCUACCUUCACUGUCACCAGUCGCCAAUAUCGGCCGCUUGAUCCACUGGUUCCUUUGCCUCCUCCUCGUUCUUCCCGUCGACUUCGGGCUGGGACUCUGUCUGCUCUGGUCAGACAUCUGCUGGAUGCCAGGACAUCAGGGUCUGACUUGACCUUCAUGCCAGCCUUUUUGGCCACCCACAGGGCAUUCACCUCCACACCGACUGUCCUGGGAUUGUUGGCUGACAGAUUGGAAGCCUUAGAAUCCAGUGCCAGUGUUGAUUUGUGCAGAACAAGAGGGUUAGCCAUCUCUGUUCUUUCAACUUGGCUGACCUCUCACCCUGAGGAUUUUGGCUCUGAGGUCAGGGGACAACUUGACCGGCUUGAGAGCUUCCUGCUACGGACAGGGGAUGAAGCAGGGGAGGUUGUUGGGGGGGACAUCGUUGAUCUCAUCCAAGACCUCCGAUCCCGGGUGGCCCUCCCAGUCCCUGACCUUCCUAAGCCCCUGGUUUCCCCUGGCGAUCCCCCUGCUGAUCCCACGGAUGUCCUGGUGUUCCUCGCUGACCACUUGGCCGAGCAGCUGACCCUGCUGGAUGCGGAGCUGUUCCUCUCCUUGGUCCCUUCUCAGUGCCUUGGCGCAAUAUGGGGCCACAGGGAUCGGCCUGGUCACUCCCACCUCUGUCCUUCUGUCAGAGCAACAGUUACUCAGUUUAACAAGGUAGCUGGAGCUGUGGUUAGUUCUGUCUUGGGAGCCACAGCAUCUGGAGAGGGCCUUGAAGAGGUGAACAUCCGGCCUCUCCGACCCCCCCAGAGGGCAAGGCUCUUAGAGAAAUGGAUCCGGGUGGCAGAGGAGUGUCGUCUUCUCCGGAAUUUCUCAUCUGUUUAUGCUGUUGUGUCAGCCCUUCAAUCCAGUCCCAUCCACAGGCUCCGGUUGGCCUGGGGAGAGAUAACCAGGGACAGCCUCCGCCUCUUCUCCAGCCUCUGUCAGAUUUUCUCAGAGGAAGAUAAUUAUUCCCAAAGCCGGGAGCUCCUACUCCAGGAAGCAAAAGUGCUAAUGCCGCUGGAGUCAAACAUCAAGAAACCUGUGAGAAAUGUGCUGCCUCAGGGUGGGGGUGUGGUCCCAUACCUUGGCACCUUCCUGAAAGAUCUGGUAAUGCUGGAUGCAGCCUCCAGGGAUGAGCUGGAGAAUGGCUACAUCAACUUUGACAAGAGGAGGAAGGAAUUCUCUGUCCUGUGUGAGCUUAGACGUCUUCAGGAUGAAUGUCGACGUUAUGACCUUCAGCCUGAUCCUAAUGUCCAGCAUUGGCUUCAAGGGCUCCAGCCUUUGACAGAGGCUCAAAGUCACCAUGUGUCUUGUGAAGUGGAGCCAUCUGGAGUCAGUGAUCCCCCAGCUCCCCGGAUGCUUCGGCCAACAUUGGUCAUCUCUCACUGGACAGAUGUGCUAGGAUCUGUUGGUGGUCCUACUCCCCUGGUCUCUUGGGAUCAGCCUGGUCCUAGAGAAGAUAGCACGACCGACUCUCCUGCUCCCUUGCUCACUCGCCUUGCCCAGCACAUGAAAUGGCCAUCUGUUUCCUCUCUGGACUCUGCCCUGGAUGGGGCUCCUUCCUCUCACACUCCUGCCAAUCCUAGUUUCCUCUCCCCAACAUCCCGUUCUCCCAGGCCCACCCGAGGUCACCGCCGCUCUGCCUCUUGUGGCUCUCCUUUUAGCAGUGGAUCAGAGGAGGGCACUGCCAUUGGGACAGGCUCUGGGAGUGGGAAGGGAAGUGGACCAGGGGCCUCUGACUGUCGCAUCAUCCGUGUGCAGAUGGAGCUUGGAAAUGAUGGAAGUGUCUACAAGAGCAUACUGGUGACAAGUCAGGACAAGGCUCCAAGUGUUAUCAGUUGUGUCCUGAAAAAAAAUAAUCGGGAUCCAGCAAUAGCUGCAGAUUUUGAAUUGGUGCAACUUCUGCCAAGUGAUCGAGAACUGACUAUUCCACCAUCAGCUAAUGUCUUCUAUGCCAUGGAUGGUGCCUCUAGUGAUUUCCUGUUGAGACAUCGACGGCAACCCUCUUCAGUAAUUCCUGGUUUCUCCAGUAGAUCUGCCACCUCUGCAGAUUCUUCCAGUGAGGGAGGAGGAGGUUCCUUUCCCAGGAUCAAGGCCACCGGACGAAAAAUUGCUCGGGCACUGUUCUGAGGAAACCAUACUGUUUUGCAGAAGCAAUGGUGAUUAUAUUGUUGGAUAUUAGCUAUCUUGAAUGGUGAUAGCCAUGUUGGAUUGAGACAAUGAUCUUGUAUGGUAAUUCAUCAUGCUUGGUCAGAAAGGAACAGCCCUGGGUUGUUUACUACACAGCUAUGUUAGACAACCACUUUGGAUUCCUGUGGGUAUUUUGGUAGAAGACAGGGAAAGGUAACAUUUCUCAUGGCUCCUAUCUUCUGAGUCUUACUAUUUGUGUCAUACUGUCACCCUUGACUCUUUUCUACUUGUCACACUCAGAAUGCAAGGGCCAGGGAAAGGCUUGAAAGGAGCUUGGCCUAGAGGCUCUGAAUACUAAGAAUGGGUGGAGGGAGGGGAGAAAAAGCAAGGUCUUACAGGGGCUCCCUUUCCAUGAUCCCCCACUCCCAGCCAGGAACUCCUGGGCUAUGACAACACUAAAACAAUAAACACACUACAUGAUCCUGA